AUUUCAAGUCACUGAUCGGAAAUCAGCUAGCAUGCUCUUAGUUUACGACAAUUCGUCAGAGGAAGGUUCAUACUAAAACCGAUUCAAAGUCAGUUUGGUGCGAACCCGCACUGGUUUGUGAUUUAUUGUCACGGGAUGCGCUUCCUCCAAAAAAGGCCGAAAAGUAAACAGAGAUCGAGGUAGUAGCUUCCAGUGGCUAUGAGAUGUGCGGAUUUUGCUGGUCAGCAAACGUCUCCUUAGUUAACGGCCGUGCUGUUUAAAGCAACCCAUAUUUAUUUGUCUGUAAAUCUCACAAGACUUUCGACGAAAAGAGACAAAGGCAAAGACACGAUGGACGUGGUGCGUUUCCGGUUACCGGGACAUGGGGACACAACCCUGAGGCACAUGAACUCACUCAGGUCCCGCCAGCAUUUCUGUGACAUUACUAUUGUGGCUAGCAACAACCAGAUAUUCAAGGGUCAUAAGGUGGUGCUGGCUGCCUGUUCACCUUUCCUGAGGGACCAGUUUCUCUUGAACCCAUCACCCAAGCUUCAAGUAUCAAUGUUGUAUAGCUCCUCAGUGGUGUAUGAUCUGCUUCAGUCAUGUUACACUGGUGUCCUGCAGUUCAGCCCAGAGAAUAUUGUCAACUAUCUAACCGCUGCAAGCUAUCUUCAAAUGGAGCAUAUUGUAGAGCGCUGUAGAGCCGCACUGGAGAAAUAUGUUCAACUAAGGAACCCCACUCCACCAAAGGCAACAGCAGACGAGAGUCAGACCAGACCGGUGAUCAUAAGUGGCACUGUUCAUUCUGUUGCAUCAACUCCCCCAACUCAACCCUCCCCCAUGCAUUGUCACAGUCCUGCACUACGUUUAGUAGACGAAAACAACAGGGAUGCAUCUGCUCAGGACAGCACUCGCCAACAUGACGAUGGUCAAAUCCUGGACGAGCCUUGUAUUAAGGUUAAUACAUCAGAUGAAGAGGAAGAGGCCAAACAAGAAGAGUAUAAUGUAUUCAGAGUGUAUAUCUCUGAAGAAGAGCAGAUGAACCGAGACAAGGAAAGUGAGACAGGAGGACCCUCUGAUGCUCCUCAAGAAAUUUCUUACCCAGAGACAGAGGGAAUUGUUAUUGGAGAAGAUAAUACUGAAUAUGACUUAAAUCCACCAGAAGAUCUUAGCUGUGGAGGACUUUCAGUGGAAGGCCUCCGUGCCUUCAAGCGCAAACUGUCUGACACUAAAAUCAGCCGAGGUAGAGGAAGGGGUAGAGAGAGGGGUUUCAAAAGGAGAAGGUGGCUGUCAUCUCAGGAGAAAAGGCCAUCUGGUGGGACUUACCACCACGAUAUGUGGUACCUUACAACUUCUGGAGUGGGAGGGGGUUUUGGACUAGACUAUAGCCAAGAGGGGCUGAAGAAUGCAGGAAGUUAUAUUUCUGUUGAAAUUCCCAGGUUAGACUACAGCAUCAGUGACGCUUCUGGGGAAAGGGCCUCACCCACUGCAGCCAGCAGUCUGAACCAGUUUUCCCUUGAAGAGUCUAGUUGUGGUGAGGGAAGUUCAGGGUUAAACAACGUUGGUACAAAUGAGGGAGGGGAUGAGUCUGUCGCUGUGGUGGGGUCUACUUCCAGCGUAGCUGGCCCUGUAAUCUGCGAGCACUGCGGCAUGACUUUCCCCUCAGCCCAUUCUCUGGCCGUCCACUCCCGUUCCACCCAUCUGCUGUAUGCCUGCCCCUGCUGUGGCAAACACUUUCACCACGCCACCAACCUCACCCGCCACAUGGCCGUGCAUCGAGGGGGCGGCAAAACACACCAGUGCCCCCUGUGCUAUAAGACUUUCACCCAGAAGUCCACACUGAUAGACCACAUGAACCUCCACAGUGGCGAGAGGCCACACCGCUGCGCGUACUGCCAUGCCCGCUUUGCCCACAAGCCUGCCUUACGGCGCCACCUGAAGGAACAACACGGCAAGACAACAGGGCAGAACUCGCUACAUGAGCAGGAGCAGGAGAGAGCAAGAGAAGCAGCUGCAAUGGUACGAGAGGAAGACCAAGAAUGUCUGGUUACGGAGGAAGUGUCAUGGGUCAAAACAUCAGAGACUCAACCACCCAAAGCCCUUGACAACGUAGUGCAGUCAUAGCUGUCUGCAGCAUUGCAGUCCCAGAAUGGAUGCUGAGAAAGUGCUAAAAAUGACUAAGAUGCCUUUAAAUUCUUGACUGCCGAAUAAAAUUUCCAUUCAUG